CUUGUGCGGAGUGACCUUUCGGGCAGAAUUUAGAUCCAAUGCUCAGGCUACUGCUGCCUGUUGCUGAGUGAAAGACAGCAGGAAUCCCUGGAUUCAAACAUCUCUUGGGUUUUUGUUUUGCCUUGUUUUGUUUUCUUUCAUUUUGCCUUAAGAAGAUGAACAAUGAAACCACAACCCUGAUGUCCCUGAAGGAGGCAAUGAAAAGGGUAGACCACAAACUGCAAGCUUUAGAAGCACAGUUUAAAGAACUGGACUUCACUAAGGAUAAUCUGACACAGAAAUUUGAACAUCAUAGUAUGAUUUUGGCAAGCCAAGCAGUCCAAGCUGAGAUGUGGACAGCAGUUCUGUCCCUCAAGUUCACUUCAAUGGAAUUGAAUAUUCUUUACAGCUACGUCAUUGAAGUACUUAUCUGCUUGCACACUCGUGUGCUUGAGAAGCUGCCAGACCUGGUGACAGGUCUUCCUACCUUAGCCUCUGUCCUUAGACGAAAAGUCAAGAACAAGCGCAUUAGAGUUGUGUGGGAGUCUGUCCUGGAGGGGUGUGGGCUGCAAGAAGGAGAUGUCACAGCACUUUGUACCUUCUUUAUUGCACAUGGUAACAAGGCAGAACACUGUGCUGCUAAAAUGAGACAGAUGUACAUCAGGGACGUCACGUUCAUGAUUACUAACAUGGUAAAGAACCAGGCUCUACAGGAUGGCUUGCUGAGGGCUGUUCAGAUCAUUGAGAAGGGGAGAGCACUGAGGACUCCUGAAGAGCAAAAGUCAACCCUGAAAGAGUUGAUGCCAUCAGUCAAAAACUAACCUGUCACCCAGUAAUUCCACUUCUAGUAAUUUGUCUUGCAAAUGGCAAAAAGCAUGCAUAAUUUAUUUAUUAUAGGCUUAUUUUUAUAGCAAAAAGUGAGACAAAUUGAUAUAAUGGAUAUUUUCCAUAUAAAGGAAUGAAGAAGCUCUUUGUGUAAUGAUAUAAAGUCAUCACGAAGAUAUUUGUUGUUGUUAAAUGUUUCCAAUAUAUAUUAAGUGGAAAAAGGGUCAAAAAUCAGAUAUGUAUAUAAUGCGUAUUAGUUUAUAUAUCCACAAACUUCUUCAGCAGAGAUACAUA